AUGGCGUACAUCCAGUUGGAACCUUUGAACGAGGGUUUUCUUUCUAGAAUCUCUGAUCUGCUGCUGUGCAGAUGGACCUGCCGGCACUGCUGUCAGAAGUGUUACGAGUCCAGCUGUUGCCAGUCGAGUGAGGAUGAAGUUGAAAUUCUGGGACCUUUUCCUGCCCAGACUCCUCCCUGGCUGAUGGCCAGCAGGAGCAGCGACAAGGAUGGGGACUCUGUCCACACAGCCAAUGACGUCCCCCUGACCCCACGCACCACCUCCCCAGAUCGAAGAUGCUCGUCUUCAGACACGUCCAAGUCUACAUACAGCCUGACCCGGAGGAUUUCAAGUCUGGAGUCCAGGCGGCCCAGCUCCCCGCUCAUCGACAUUAAACCCAUCGAGUUUGGCGUCUUUAGCGCCAAGAAGGAGCCCGUCCAGCCCUCGGUGCUCCGGCGGACCUACACCCCCGAGGACUACUUCAGGAAGUUCGAGCCGCGGCUCUACUCCCUCGACUCCAACAGCGACGACGUGGACUUCCUGACGGAUGAGGAGAUCCUGUCCAAGUACCAGCUGGGCAUGCUGCACUUCAGCACCCAGUACGACCUGCUGCACAACCACCUGACGGUGCGCGUCAUCGAGGCGCGGGACCUGCCGCCGCCCAUGGCCCAGGACGGCGCGCGCCAGGACAUGGCCCACUCCAACCCCUACGUCAAGGUCUGCCUGCUGCCCGACCAGAAGAACUCCAAGCAGACCGGGGUCAAGCGCAAGACCCAGAGGCCCGUGUUCGAGGAGCGCUACACCUUCGAGAUCCCCUUCCUGGAGGCGCAGAGGAGGACCCUGCUGCUCACCGUGCUGGACUUCGACAAGUUCUCCCGCCACUGCGUCAUCGGGAAGGUGUCCGUGCCCCUGUGCGAGGUGGACCUGGUCAAAGGCGGGCACUGGUGGAAGGCGCUGAUCCCCAGUUCCCAGAAUGAAGUGGAGCUGGGGGAGCUACUUCUGUCGCUGAAUUAUCUCCCAAGUGCUGGGAGGCUAAAUGUUGACGUCAUUCGAGCCAAGCAACUUCUUCAGACAGAUGUGAGCCAAGGUUCAGACCCCUUUGUGAAAAUCCAGCUGGUACAUGGACUCAAGCUUGUGAAAACAAAGAAGACAUCCUUCUUACGAGGCACCAUUGAUCCUUUCUAUAAUGAGUCCUUCAGCUUCAAAGUUCCCCAAGAAGAACUGGAAAACGCCAGCCUAGUGUUUACAGUGUUCGGGCACAACAUGAAGAGCAGCAACGACUUCAUCGGGAGGAUUGUCAUCGGCCAGUACUCGUCCGGCCCCUCGGAAUCCAACCACUGGCGGCGGAUGCUCAACACGCACCGCACGGCCGUGGAGCAGUGGCACAGCCUGCGGUCCCGGGCCGAGUGUGACCGCGUGUCCCCGGCCUCGCUGGAGGUGACCUGA